AGGAACAUUUCGGUAAAUAGCGGAAUUUUAAAUUUAAAAUAGAAAGAAGACCGAAAUCGAAGACAUCUGAAGGUAGCAACCCCGUGGCGGUGCCUAGGGUUUAAUCGCUGACACAACGGAAAAAAUGAAACUGGCGUGGCUGAGAACCCAAGACGGCGCACACGGCGACUCAGUGUGGACAACGACGUGGGUCCCAGGCAACGAGGAGAGCCCGGCUUUACUCCUGACCGGCUCGCUUGACGAGACAGUGAAGCUGUGGAACCCGGAAGAUCUCUCACUCAUUCGCACAAAUUCGGGUCAUUGCCUGGGCGUGGUUUCGGUGGCUGCUCAUCCCUCUGGCAGAAUUGCUGCUUCCGCUUCCAUUGAUAGCUUUGUUCGAGUUUUCGAUGUUCAAUCCAAUAAUACUAUUGCUACUCUCGAAGCUUCUCCCUCUGAAGUUUGGCAAUUGAAGUUUAAUCCGCAGGGUACAGUUCUAGCAGUUGCCGGAGGAGGUAGUGCAUCAGUCAAGUUAUGGAACACUUCUGAAUGGAAGCUGGUUGGUACCCUGUCAAUACCCCGUCCUGAAGGUGUGAAGCAUUCUGAAAAGAGUGGCACCAAGAAGUUUGUUCUGUCAGUUGCAUGGAGCCCUGACGGAAGACAGCUUGCUUGUGGUUCAAUGGAUGGGACCAUCUCUGUUUUCGAUGUUGCUCGCUCCAAAUUUCUUCACCACCUUGAAGGCCAUUGCAUGCCUGUCCGAUCUCUUGUGUACUCUCCUAUUGAUUCAAGAGUGCUCGUAUCAGCCUCGGAUGAUGGCCAUGUGAACAUGUAUGAUGUGGAGGGAAAGACCCUGUUUGUGUCCAUGUCCGGUCACUCGAGUUGGGUGUUGAGUGUAGAUGUUAGUCCCGAUGGAGCAGCAAUUGCUACAGGCUCAAGCGACAAGACUGUGAGGCUGUGGGAUCCCAAGAUGAGGGCAGCUGUGCAAUCUAUGACAAACCACACAGACCAGGUUUGGGGAGUGAUGUUUCGACCACCAGGAGGACCUGGUGUCCGGACUGUUCAGCUUGCAAGUGUAUCAGACGACAAGAGCAUCUCACUUUAUGAAUACUCAUGAAGUUGGCCAGAUUUGCUAGUUGAGAAAUAUAGAUUUAAACUGACAAUCAGUUCACUCUGCACAUCUUAAUGGCAGUUGUAAAAUUUGUCGUUGAAUAUUGUGUUUGUUAGGGUUCUGCCCUGUCGUUAUCUUGCAUCUACAUAUUUCAGGAUAUUCCUUCAGUGCUAAUUAGAUAUUUGCUUUGCUCA